GCGACUCAGCAGCAGCAGCAGCAGUGACCCUGUGGAUAACCCGUGAGUGCUCUCCGUAAAGAAAUGUCAGAGGCAGAGGGAGGCUGAAGGCUGGGAGCCUGAGCUUCCCUGCUCUGCUGUCGCAGGAAAUAGAGCGUGUGUCGCGGUCCGCGUUUCAGCUCUCAGAACCCUUGCGGUCACACGUACCGCAUCACACAGAGGUGGCCCAGGCCGUCAGUCCGCAACUCCCGGAGUCAUCCUGAACGAGCUAAGUGACCUGUCUGUGCCUCGGUUGCCUCACCUGUAAAAUACCUGUCCCCAGGGUUGUCACGGGGACGGAGGAGGCCAAAGCCACAAAGGGCCCUGUGAGAGCUGCCACCCUGGGAGCUUUCCAAGGCCUGGGAGUGGUUGGAUGGCACAGUUGGCUGCCUUGGUUGCCGUGGCCGAGCAUGUACCAGAAUGGCACCGUUUAGACACUGGGGGUACAGUGGUCAACAAGACGCAUGCUGCCCUGGUUGGGGUGGCGGGGAGGGAGGUUCAUCAACGUCACAGCUUGGAGAGUUUCUCAUGAGCCUGAAAUCAUCUUUCCCUGCACUGGUACCACAAGGCUGCAAGUGGCUGGAUCAGCCUCCCGGGCCCUCACGUGGGACCUGAGAAAUGUCAUUAGGUGGUUUAUCCUCACUCUGUCCUUUAUGACCUGAUGGUUUUGUGACCAUUGCUGUACAUUUUAAACUGCGGCAGCAGAUGAAAUGGGGGGGGGGGCCCUCGCUGCCUUGAAUAUGUUACAAUGAGCAGAAGGGGGCUAGAAAGGGUAUCGAACCCACUUGCCACUUUGCCACCCUCCUCUUGACAGCCAGACCCAUCCGAUUGUACCACCCUCUGCUCAAAACCCUUCUGUGGCUUCCUACUUUCUUAGGGUAAAGAACAAAAACCUCAGCAUGGCCCUUAAAGUCCUGCCACCUGGGCCCCACCUACACCUGGCUUCCUCCUCCAGCUGUGUCUCAGACCACUUUAUCAGUAGCCCUGUGUGCUGAAGCAGGCUGCUGCCUCCUGCCUCAGGGCCUUUGCACGGGCUCUUCUAGACUGCUUCUCUUCCCUCAGCUCCCUUUUUCCAGGGUAACACCUCAUCCGUCAGAUCUGAUCCCAACCUUGACUGGCAUUCCAAGUUCCCCAGGCCACAGGACUUCCCCAGUCUGUGCUGGGAUCGUCCAAAACCCUCCGGGUUCUUCUGUGUUGAAACUGUUGCCGGGACACCUCCUGAGAUGGUGCAGUUACCGCGGACCUCCAGCUUAACUUCCCGAUAGAGGACUGGAAAUGGCCACAAGGGACGGGUCGGGCCCGAGGCUGCCCCGGGUGGCUGAGCCGGGUAUGGAGGGGGAGCCGCGUCUGCCCACGGGCCGGGAGCUGACCGAGGCCAGCCGCUUCACCCACGCCGCCCUCUGUGGCAUCUCCUUGUCCCAGCUCUUUCCAGAGCCCGAGCAAAGAUCCUUCUGCACAGACUUUGUGGCUGGCCUGGUGAAGUGGCUGGACCUGUCUGAAGCCGUCUUGCCUACCAUGACUGCUUUUGCCAGUGGUCUGGGAGGCGAAGGAGCAGACGUAUUUGCUGAGGUUUUGUUGAAGGACCCCAUCUUGAAGGAUGACCCACUGGUGAUCACUCAGGACCUUCUGAGCUUCUCACUCAAGGAUGGCUGCUACGAUGCUCGGGCCCGCGUCCUCAUCUGCCACAUGGCCUCCCUCCUCCGAGCGCCCUUGGAGGAGCUUGACCUCCUGGAAGAGACCUUCCUCGAGAGCCUGAAGGAAAGCAAAGAGGAGGACUCUGAGUCUGCCGAGGCAUCCCGGAAGAAGAAGGAGAACAGGAGGAAGUGGAAGCGCUAUCUGCUGAUAGGCCUGGCGACCGUGGGAGGCGGGACGGUGAUCGGCGUCACCGGGGGCCUGGCCGCUCCUCUCGUCGCUGCCGGGGCCGCCACCAUCAUCGGCAGCGCCGGGGCCGCGGCUCUGGGCUCAGCGGCCGGCAUCGCCAUCAUGACCUCGCUGUUCGGUGCCGCUGGAGCCGGUCUGACAGGAUACAAGAUGAAGAAGCGUGUUGGGGCCAUUGAGGAGUUCACAUUUCUGCCCCUGACGGAAGGCAGGCAGCUGCACAUCACCAUCGCCAUCACGGGAUGGCUGGCAUCCGGAAAAUACCGCACCUUCAGCGCCCCGUGGGCUGCCCUGGCCCGAAGCCGUGAGCAGUACUGCCUGGCCUGGGAGGCCAAGUACCUGAUGGAGCUCGGCAACGCCCUGGAGACCAUCCUCAGCGGUCUUGCCAACAUGGUGGCCCAGGAGGCCCUGAAGUACACCGUGUUGUCUGGCAUCGUGGCCGCCCUCACCUGGCCAGCCUCACUCCUCAGUGUCGCCAACGUCAUUGACAACCCCUGGGGCGUGUGCCUCCAUCGAUCGGCGGAGGUUGGCAAGCACCUGGCCCACAUCCUGCUCUCCCGGCAGCAGGGCCGGCGGCCUGUCACCCUGAUCGGCUUCAGCCUGGGAGCCAGAGUCAUCUACUUCUGUCUGCAGGAAAUGGCUCAGGAGAAAGAUUGCCAAGGGAUCAUUGAGGACGUCGUCCUGCUGGGCGCACCUGUGGACGGAGAAGCCAAGCACUGGGAGCCUUUCCGGAAGGUGGUCUCUGGAAGGAUCAUCAAUGGCUACUGCAGGGCGGACUGGCUGCUGAGCUUCGUCUACCGCACGUCCUCCGUGCGGCUCCACGUGGCCGGCCUGCAGCCUGUGGUGCUGCAGGACAGGAGGGUGGAGAACGUGGACCUGUCCUCCGUGGAGGAAGCCCUCCGUCGAGGCGGCCGGGGAGACGGUCCUGGCCUGCAACCUUUUCUUUUGCUGCUCCGGGCCUUAGUUGCACACUCAGCUUCUUCCAUCUCGGCUGCAGGAUGCUGAAUGUUUCAGUUGCGGCGUGUAGGAUCUAUUUCUCUGACCAGGGAUUGAACCCCGGGCCCCCUGCAUUGGGAGUGCAGAGUCUCGGCCUCUGGACUACCAGAAGUCCUGGAAACUUUAUCCAGCGUCAGCCACAGCAGAAUGCUCCUCUGCACAGAAGAGAUUCUUUUCCCACCCACCUCACUCCUGCUCUCCUGUUCCCCCAGCUCCCUGUAAAAUUAGAACUUUGCCAGCCAGUUCUUUCUCCCUCUCUGUCUUUGCAGAAUAGCAGCUCAGGGGCCAGGGUUGGCUGAGGCCUGGACCAACCUGUGGCCAAGAAAGGCCAGAGCUGUGCAUUCUGGGGCAGUUGCCCAGUGCAGUUUCUAUCUGGCAUCAGCUGUGGCCACAAAUACCUCCCUUCCUUCCUGUCCUGCCUGCCUGCACCCAGCCCUAGUACCAGCCCUUUGCCAACAUUGAAAGGGUAUAAGGAGGCCAUCCUUGUUUAUCUCUCUGGGUCUAGGUUUCUGCUGGCUGGAAUUCACAUGUGAUGGCUUGAGCUUCAGCAGCCAUUUUGGGUUCCCAAAUGGAUCAGCCCAGCUAACUCCCUACCUUCUAUCUCUCCUUCCAAGAAAACGAAAGUAAAGGAACUCAUAUGCACAGCAUACCUACUAUGCACCAGGAGCGGUGCCUUGUGGUUUGUAUUAUUUCUUCCCACCACUCCCGUGAGAUGGAGCAGAAUAGUUCCUGCAAAGUCCCAGGCUGUUGAACUCUUUUAGCAGAUAUUCAAGGUAUGCAGUAUUGUGACCCUCAUUGUUACAGAUGGAGGAGCUGGUGUUCAGGACAUUGUAGACUCACCUCGUUACUAGUAAGAGAGCCAAGUCUAGAACCCCGAUUUCUCUGAUUCAAACUUCGGUGCUUUCUAGCACCACGCAGCCACUGAUGUCCACCCUCUAGGAAAGGAUGCCUCACUACCUUGACCUCCACCCUGAACCCAGGGGUCUGAAAAGCCUCUUCUGUGUGUAUGCGUGUUUCACUGAACGGUUUUCGAAAGCAGUUGUACAGAAAACAGCAAGAAGUAAGCAGGUUCUGGUUAUUAUGAGAAAAUAACAGAGCUGUGCAGGGAGCUGUCUUUUGAGUUCUUGCGCAGUCGCCGGACUAGCCCAGUGUGGUUUGUGGCCCGAAUGGGAGCUCCGGUGCUGCCGGCUGGGCCUUUGUACCACCUUCUCGGGUCCCGGCAAGCCUCCCCUCUGUUCCCUGUCUUCUUUUUAAACAAAAACCUUCCUCUCCAGCCUUGAGGGACUGUCCAGUCUUGUGUUUGCCUUUGGCACUAAAGCAGGCCCCCUAAGCUGGCUGGGGAGAGCGUGAGGCUCCGUCUCAGGGAGGAGAUUUGUGCAAAGCAGCUUCCACAGUCAGCCUCUGAAACGCCGCACACGGCUGCGCCCUUCACAGGCUGCGUGUCGUCAGGCAAAUCACUGCCCUUCUCUGGGCUUCUCUUUUCUCAUCUGUAAAACGAGUAUGAUUUUUAAGGCCUUCCCCACCACACACUUGACUUUCCACGAAGAGAGGAGGUCUGGAUUCAGAGCCCAGCUCUGACAUCUGCGUGACCCUGGGCGGAUCCCUUUACCUCUCUGCCUUAAUUGCUUCAUCUGCAAUUAGCACCCAAUACCUGUCAAAGGAGUAUAGCCAAUAAAUGUGUUUCCUCCAAUGUAUUAAGCA